UAAAAAAAAAGGAAAAAAGAAAAGAAAGGGGGGGGGGGUCGUGCUUCCAUAUAUCGGUCGCCUGUUACCACGCAAGUAAAUCAAAUCAUCAGGAUGGAAGCAUUUGUGGAAAGAACUGUGGAAGUGAACGGCAUAAAGAUGCACAUGGUUGAGAAAGGACAAGGCCCCGUCGUGCUUCUUCUGCACGGUUUCCCUGAGCUGUGGUACACAUGGCGGCACCAGAUCCCGUAUCUCAGCAACCGCGGCUACCGUGCGGUGGCUCCGGAUCUCCGCGGCUACGGCGACACCGAUGUCCCAUUGGGCAUCAACAGCUACACAUGCUUCCAACUCGUCGGUGACAUCGUCGCCCUCAUCCACUGUCUGGGCGUCGACAAAGUCUUCCUCGUCGGUCACGACUGGGGAGCCGUCCUUGGCUGGUACCUCUGCCUCUUUUGGCCUGAAAUAGUUAAAGCUUUUGUAUGCCUCAGUGUCCCCUUCGGACUCGCUAAUAAGAGAGACCCCACAGUCCGAACCGUAGAUAAAUUUCGCGACUUAUUCGGCGAAGACUACUACAUCUGUAGAUUCCAGGAACCGGGGGAGAUGGAGAAAGAAAUGGCUCAAGUCGGAACUCCAUAUGUGCUGAAGAAUAUCCUUACCACUCGAGAGCCGGGUCCUAUAAUCUUUCCGAAAGGAGAGUAUGGCACCGGUUUCAAUCCCCAUAUGCCAAAGGACCUGCCCUCCUGGCUCACUCAACAUGGUCUCAACGUGUAUAUUGCCAAAUUCGAACAGACCGGCUUCACCGGUGGCUUGAACUACUACAGAGCUCUCAACCCGUAAUGUUUUGUUUGGCGAUCGAUCUAGUCAAAAUUAGUGAUGGCUUCAUUACGGUUUGUUUAACGGAGUUGUCGAUGGGGUGAAUUUGCAGGAACUGGGAGCUGACGGCACCGUGGACCGGAGCAAAAAUCAGCAAAGAUGUUCGAGUGAGGUUCAUAACGGGCGAGUUAG